AUGCGACUUCCGCCAAGUCUCGUCCAUCUGCCUCUCCGUAUCAUUUCCUAUCCCGCAACACGCGCUCUGUUGGUGUGCAGCCUGAUUUGGCUCUUCGGCUUCAGCUACGGCCGUCUUUUCCUCUGGCGCGACCCCCACAGUGCCUACUUCCGUUCCGAGUCCGUGUAUGACCUCGACUACUCCGCCGUGCGCCAAAACCAAUCCCGCGAGUUCAUCGCCCAAGUAACACGCGAUGCAGCCGAAAAUCUCGACAAUGGCGCCGGCGAAGGGAGGAUGAGCAAGGCGGGCGACACACCCGCACUGUGCGCCAUGUUUGUGACGGUCCGUCGCGAAAGCGAAACCGCGCGGCUGUACCUCGCGGAUGCAGUGGGCUCGAUGCUUGCAGGGCUGGAUCCUCGCGAGCGCACCGCCCUCAAUCUUAGUCUGCUUUUCGCCGACACAGACCCGACGCGGCACCCGGACUGGGACGCGCCAUGGGUGAAGGCGCUGGUUGACGACGCAUCUGGGUACAAGGGGCUGACGGAUUUGCAGAGCGCGGGCCUACGCAAAGCUGAGGAGGAACGUGAUCUGCAGCUCAAGGGCGUCUUCGACUACGUGUACGUGCUGGAGCGAUGCUUGGAAGAGACCACGGCGCCGUUUAUUGCGGUUCUGGAAGACGAUAUUGUCUUUUCGGCGGAUUGGAUGGCGCGCACUUUGCGUGGUUUGCAGUACAUUGUGCGGGACCGCCAGCCCUCCGAAGCGGAGAAUGGGACCGACUGGCUGUACCUGCGGCUGUUCUAUACUGAGACGCAUCUUGGAUGGGUAGCCGACGAGGACUGGUGGUACGGCCACUUGCCCCUGACGCUGGGGCUCUCCGCGGCGUGCACGGCUACAGCCCUCCUUGUACUACGGAGUCUAGGCUGCGGGUCGCGGUUGCGUCUCGAUCUGGCCACCAUUGCCGUGGUCUCGGUGUUGGUGGCGCCAAGUUUCACCGUCCUGGCUUUCAUGGCGGGCAAACACAAUCUGCCGCUACGAGGUAGCCUCCACUCAAGAGGCCCUUUGGCCGCGUCCACUUCGUCGGCCGGCGUCGUCCCUAUGGACAAGCACGGGUGUUGCACACAGGCCUUAGUCUUCAACCGGCUGGCAUUGCCGGGGCUCAUUCAGGCGCUGCGCCAGAAAGAGCGGGGCCAGACAGACAUGAUGAUCGAGGAGUACGCGGAUGCCAUCGGCACCAAGAGGUUCGCGAUGGGUGAUCAGGUAGCCCAGCACGUCGGCCUGGUCAGCAGCCGUGGGAUGUCGGCUGAAAACACGCGCAGCGUAUGGGCCUUCUGGUUCGAGGCGUACAAGCCCCAUGAGGUGGAAAGGCGUCACCAGAAGGCGCUUGAGGAAGUGGAUUGGUCCAUGUUUGCGAAGCUCGCUGGUGCUGGCAUAUAAAGCGGCUAGUACUUCUAUAUACGUUUGGAUAUUUGUUGCAUAGACGAUUUAAUCACAUGUUAUCCUCUCCCUCUUGCGUUCCUCGCAGCUUGAGCUCCUCUCCGCGCAGAGUACCGUGCUCACUGAGCAGAACGAAGCGCAGACUGUUCGUUCUGCGCAGUGAGCACAGUCGAUAGCCUUGUACUGUACUCCGUAUGGAGGAGCGAUAGCA